GUUCAGUUAGCAAUAUCAAGUUCAAACCUCAAACCCUAAACCCUAAACCAUAAGCCCGAGAAAAUAUAUUAAUAGAAGCAUUUAGCACAGCCUGAGUGAAAAAUGGCAAUUCACAAACUUCUAGUAAUUGCACUUAUUGUUUUGGCUUCUUCAAUGGCUUAUGCAUCCGACCCGAGCCCGCUUCAAGAUUUCUGCGUCGCAGUCGAUGAUGCCAAGGCUUCCGUGUUUGUGAAUGGAAAGAUUUGCAAGGAUCCGAAAAUGGUGACAGCUGAUGAUUUCUUCUUUUCUGGACUUAACAAGCCCGGAAACACAUCAAAUAAAGUCGGAUCAAAAGUGACUCCGGUGAAUGUAAAUCAAAUAGCAGGGCUCAACACUCUCGGCAUUUCUUUAGUGCGCAUCGACUAUGCGCCGUAUGGCCAAAACCCCCCUCACACGCACCCUCGCGCAACUGAGAUUCUUGUUGUUGUCGAGGGCACUCUAUAUGUUGGAUUUGUGACUUCCAACCCGGCGGAUCCGACCCAGAAAAAUAAACUUUUUACGAAAGUUUUGUAUCCGGGAGAUGUGUUUGUGUUCCCACAAGGCCUUAUUCACUUUCAGUUCAACACUGGGAAAACCAAUGCCGUGGCUUUUGCCGGGCUUAGCAGCCAAAACCCGGGAGUUAUUACGAUUGCGAAUGCUGUGUUCGGCUCGGAACCUUCGAUUUCUUCUGAUGUUCUUGCAAGAGCUUUCCAGGUUGAUAAGGACGUCAUCAAAUAUCUUCAGGGACAAUUCUGGUGGAACAACAAUUAAAAAAUGGACAAAAGGGGUGAUGAAAUUUUACUACUAUAGAAAGAGUACUAUUUAGUUAUUCAAUAAACCUUUUGAAUGUUUUCAAAAUUAUGUUGGUUUGGCAUGUAUUGUUUGUGAUUAAUAAGAUGAAUAAAAGUAUU